AAGCUACAAAUCGUUGCCAGACUGUUAAACGAGUAUAUCUUGAUUAUUGUUAUUCAACAUCUGCAGCAUAUCAUGGUAAUGAAGAUUGAAACCCAAUGUUACCUAAUGAAGCUGGACGAUGCUGAAGCUAUGAAGGUUCACGAUGCUGCCAGUAUUGUAGAGAUUGAGUUGUCAAUGAUAAAAAUGAUUGGAGCAGCCAAUGAGACAAUGGUCUCCCAUCACGACUUGGCCAUGAUGAGUGCCCAUAUCGCUCACAUGUGUCCUAAUGGAGCUAUGCAAUUGGAGAGAAGCUAAUUAGCA